AUGCGCAUGCGCUUGUUGCAGCCAUCGAGCUGCGCCGACGACGAUGGACGAAUUCAGAGGGGAUUGGACCCCGAGAAGGCACGUACCCGCAGCCUGCGGGAGUUGGGGGCCGUGCGGCUGUGGAGAAAAGCCCUCGAGGCGAUCCAGGCGUUUCGUCAUGACGCGGUGGAAGUCAAUGCCAUCCACCGGAAUGCUUUGCUCGGUGUUUUCCAGAAGUCUCAGCAGUGGUUGCGCGCGCUGCAGGAGCUUUCGGACAGGCUUCCUGCGGGGCAGGUCUCGACCGAUGUCAUAUCUUUCAGCACGGCUGCAGCCACCUGUCCCGGAUGGCUUAUGCCUCUCUUCUUCCUGGAAUGGAUGACGACCAGCGCUUGCCGCCCCAAUGUCGUCUCCUUCAGCUCCAGCCAGGCUGCUUUCAAGGAUGGUGGUGGCUGGCCUCGUGCGCUUUCCCUUCUCCGUGCCAUGCCCCAGAUGCACGGAGUGGUGCCGAACGUGGUGUCCCUGUCCUGUGCCUUGAAGGCCUGUGCUGCGGGCGGCCGUUGGCGCCAGGCCCUGCAGCUCUUAGCAGGGGCGCCGGCAAGGGCGCUGGUUCCCAACGUCGUGGCGUGCAACGCCGCGCAGAGUGCCUGUGCGACGACGGCCCUUUGGGCCUUGGCUCUCUCCACACAGGCUUCCACAAACCGAGAUCUUUGGGAUCUCGUGAGUUUCAACACGGCCAUGGAUGCCUGCGACAAGGCCCGACGAUGGGAAUGUGCCGUGGAAGUGCUGCAGAGUGCGUCGGGCACCUCGCAUGUGCCCGAUGUGGCGCGGCGCUCUGAUAGUUAUGGACUUCGGGGGGGCUAG